AACAAAUAAUCUACCUAAAAAAGAAGAAGUCAUUAAUAGGUUAUGUUAAUUUUCAUGGUUAAAGUAGAUUUAAAAAUAAAAAUAAAUUUAAGAAAUGGUCAUUGGGGCUUUUCCUGCGGCCAAACUUGGUGCACUCUUGUUAAAGCAAAUCAGCAAACCGAUAGCCAAUGUUGUCAAAAAUCAAGCGAAGAGCUCCCCAGUUUUUAGAAAAUAUGUGUGUAUGCCUCCAGCCCAAUUUUACAACUGGUGUGAAGUGAAAGCGAAGAUGUGGAUAUUGAACCUUGGUAAGCCCGUCAAUAUUCCAGUCCUCAAUGAAGCUCAGGCAAUUGAAUUAGGAGCAAACUUGUUGGGAGAAGCUAUAAUAUUUGUUAUUGCUGCUGGGAUUUUAAUUAACGAAUAUGCCAGGUCUGCUAAAAAAGAAAGUGCUAAAGAAGAAGCUAGAAAGCAGGAGAUCAUUUCGAUUCAGAAUGACAUUAGGGAUCUUUAUAUCCAGGCAGAAGAGGAAAGAGCACAGAUUAGGGAACUAAUUAGAAAAAUAGCAGAUCAAGAUACAAUAUUAAGAAGCUUAGAAUUAAAAUUGGGUGUGAAACCUGCAGAUACUUCACCUCCAUAUGAACCACCUAGUUACUCUCCAGCAAAUGUGCCAGUACCGCCGGAGGUAAAAGUCAUUCCCGAGGUUUAUGGGUUAAACACACUAUACAAAUGUCAGCAGCAAAAUUCCUCAUUGAUAUUACAAGUUGUGAAUGAAGUUGAGAGCGAAUUUUGGAACCACACGACUACUGCUCCCCAAGAGCCUUACUUGUUGUUAGGUUUAUACCAUUUGAGCCAAGUUUUUAGAUUUAAGCUAUAGCAAGAUCAGAAUGUAAGUCUAGUCAAUUCUUAUUGUGAAAGACCAGAAGUUGAAUCAAACUUAUUUGUUUUUAAAAAUUAACUUUUUAUUUUAAGUAGGUAUU